GUAUUUAUUUGUUUGCAGUUGUGCAGUUCACUAAUUCAAUUUUUUGGUUGAAUACCGGUGAAUGUGCUUAUUCCAGUUAAAAUUAAAAUAUAAAUUGUGACAUUGGCAAGACCAAAAUGUAUUUCAUCAGCAAUAUGAAAUGAAGGUUCAAUCAAAUCCAGAUUGAUAUUAUAAAUGGCUGAAAAGGGACAGAAAAAUUCAAAUUCUGAUGAUCCAGAAGAUCUUCUGCAUUCAGAUAUUUAGCAUUUCAACAUGGAAUAUUUUGAUGUAAGUGGAAGUGAAACAUCAUUUGAUACUGUCACUUUGUUGUCAACAUCUUUGCCAAUUCAAUCUCAAAAAAGGAAAAAACGUAGACGUAGACAUCGAUCUGAUGAUACAGAUUUUCUACUUUUGCAACCAGCUGAAUCUAUAUUGCUCCCUGUAACACACCUGAUAAAUAUAUCCCAUCAUGUAAACAAUGAAAAAGAAAAUUCUCAAAUUCAAGAAAGGCAUUGUACAAUUAUUGAUGGAUAUCGGUUUUAUCAAUAUAGAAAUAGCAGCGUUCUACAAGGGUGUUUGAAAGACAGUUCAAUGAAAUGUCAAGAGCAACACCCAAACUUCAGUGCAAUACUUGCAAAGCAUGGGAUUUCAUAUGAUAUGAGCCCGAAUGGAAAAUCCACAAAAGACCAUGGCGGUUCAGUGUGUAGGGAUGCUGCAGAUCGACUGUUGGAUGCAAUGGAUGAACAAUUGCAUGAUGUGCUGUUGGCAAAUGUUGGUAUUGAAGAUGUGAAUGAUGAUCCGGGAGUUGACCCGGAUUCUGUAAGGAGUUUGAGAAAUCGUGUAAUGUAUGAUCUUGCUGCAGCUGAACAGAAAAAACCAGCAUUCGAAGUUAAAGUGGAGAUUGAUAAUGAACCAGUUCCAAGGAAACAAGAUGAAGCAUCUGACAACAACAAGAGAACAACAUCAUAUAGAAGUUCUUCUGCGUCACGAUACGGUCAACGAAGUACAGACAUUGGUAUUUCUAAUGAUGGGUUUCACAAUCCUACACAAAAGCCUCUGGCGUCUUCAUUAGAUAGACUCGAACAGCAUUCAACUGACAGAAACCAAAGUGCUUCAUUAUCAGCUAGGAAUACGUCAGACAGUAGAAAAGGAAGAGAUUAUGAACGCUCAAGAGACAGAAGACGCUUGAAUGACACCGUGAGUUCUUGGGACACACCUUCGAAAUUAAGUUUACGAGAUUUAGAUUCACCUUAUACAUUGAGAUCCAGGUUCUAUAGAUCAAUGGAUGAUUCUCCUUCUAAGCAAGAAAAUCCGUAUUCACCUAUUUCCACUAUGUCGAGCAUUCCUCGCGAGAGUUCCUAUUCUCCUAACCGAAGAGAAAAAUUUAUGAAUAGAACAUUUGAUUAUUACCAUUAUAAACCAUUGUCCACUAGGUGGCAUAGCACUCCUAUGGACCUCAAUACAAAAGAGUAUGCAGGUUUUACACCAAAACAACCAAAGAGGAAAUGUGAAGAUAGAAAUGAACGUCGAUGGAAGAAAAUUGAAUAUAAAGAUGAUGUGCAGCCUUUUUCAACGCGCGCCCAUCACUCCCACCCAAACUUUGGAGAAGAGUCUUAUUUACAAUCUGAUGUGGAAAAGUCUGAAUUUCAUGUAAAUCCGCUGCUGAAUACUCCUGAAAAGCAGGAAGAAUAUGAAUGGAGAAUGAAAAACAUGCUUAAAGAAUUGCACAAAACGCCAAUAAAACCAGAAGAAUCUUUUCCAGUCACAAUGUCAUCAGCAGAUCACAAGAAUAAAUCCAAUGCAAGAAUUCAUGAUCAGAAAAAAUCCAAGCCAAAUAAAUCUAACCCUAAUCAUUCGGAAGACAUUUUAAAGAAUGAGAAAUCAACCAAAGGUAAAGUUCCAUCCGCUUACAGUCAAAACGAAGAUGAUAAAGUUUUAUAUGACAAUAAAAAAGUUUCAGAUCAGCUUUCUAUUUCUGAUACUUAUGCAAAAACUGACUAUCAUGGCGUACCGGAAUUUGCUGCAUUAGGAACAAAUGACUCGAAGACAUCCACUAGUAUUGCUACAGAUAGCUUGCAAUCAACAGAUGAAAAAAUUGAAUCUGUGAAUAAUAACAGAAAUGAAGAAUCUGCAUCCGAGACUAUAACAGAAGAGAGCAACAAUAAUCAAUUGUUUUUCACAUCAAAAGAUCAAUCCAGUGAUGAAAAAACUUGCACUAUACCCGAGCCUCUUGGCAAAAACAUACCAGCAAAUUCCAAUACAAGUAAGAGUGAUGAUAAUAUAUCUGCACAACAAAAAUCGGAGGUAGAUAAUCAGUCUUGUUCUUCAAAAUCUUCGAGAGUAAUAGCACCUAAUGAAUUUGGAAGAAAAGCCUAUUCAUAUGGUACAUUGUCAUCAUCUUCGAUUCAGACUCCUUCUGAAGAUAUUUUGGAACAUGAAUCCAUAUCUGGAAAUUCUCAAGAAUUGUCUUCCAAAAAUUCUACCUUGAAAAAUGUAGCUAGUGCUUCAGCUUCUUCUUGUAAUACAGAUAACCUUCUCGAUGAAGCUUCAAAAAUGAAAACAGAAAAAGAUAUCGCUGGUAUGCCAAUUUCUUCACACUCAUCUGAGGAAGCGGUAAUUGAGGAUCGUUCUCACAGCAGUAAUACUCACACAAGUGUUCAAAAUGAAUUAUCGCCUUCACAUAGCUCUGACAAGCUCAGGGAACACAACGAGGCAAAUGUACCAGAUAAUAAUAUAACAAGUGUGUCGUCAUCGUCUUGUGGUACUGAAAAUUUAAUUCAAUUUCAUUCAAAAGAUAAAGAAAUGGUUCUUGUGAGUGCCUCAUCUUCUUCUUGCGCUACAGAAACGCUUCUCACUGCACCUCAAUCACUUGAUGAAAUAAAAGCACAUGGAAGUACCUUAUCAUCUGCAAGUACAGAAAGUCUGCUUUUGAAGAAAUGUCCCUCAUCUACUGAAUCAGAAAUCAUGGGUGAAAAUAAUUUUGUUGAAGAUGACAUUUCUUCAAUUCAUAGUGACAACACGCUCACAGGUGAUAAAGAAAGUGAUUCAUUAGACACAAAUGAUGUUCCAAAUGUUUUGAGGAAUUCGUUAGUUCGCUGUUCGAGUGAUGAGCGCUCAAGUCUUGAAUUUACAUUGCAUGUUUCUUCCACUGAUUUGGAGUCAUUGCCAACUUCUGAUUUUGAAGCAAAUUGGCUCAAGCGACAAAAAACAAGAUUUCCUGAACUACUUCCACCUGACAAUAAAUCUGCAGAUGACAGCGGAAUAAAAUCCGACCCUUUUGCAUCACUAUCUCCCAGGUCGAAGAAAAAGCUUACCAGGCGAGAAAGAAUGAAAAUUGCCCUUGCAGCGAGUCAAAAAAGAACGUAUUUAUUUCAGGGGGAUAACACUAUCCUUUCUACACCAAAAAGAAGAUAUUCUUGGGGGUCUGAUAGCUUGAGAAGCAUCACUACAGAUGAAUUACUGCUCGCAAAAUCAGAUGGUAGUAAUUUUAACGAGUUCAUUGGGGAAAAGUAUGUUGGUGGUAGAUCCAACUUACCAAGAUCAAGUUCAGUGACAAGUCUAAGCACAGUACAAACAGAAGAAUAUGAAGAUAGGUACAAACAAAUGAUGGUACGUCAUCUCGCUGGUGUGCCAGUAACAUCCUUCGACAGUGUAACUAUAGCAAGUGAUUUAGAUUCCGUCCACACUGAUGCAGUAAGAGAACAUUUCCUCGACAGUAUGAGGAAGCACAAAGAUUCUUCUAUAGCUGGUGAUUUGAAUAAACCAAUGCAAAAUGAAACAAUCAAAUCACAACGACUCAGGGAUCGAUAUAUCAAAUUGAAAGAUCGAGAAAAACGUGAUUUAAAACUAACUAACUCUUGUCUUUUUGAAUUUAUUUGCUCCUAUGUUGAGUCAUUUUUCCUACCAAUAUACUUAAUAUUUUUAGUUACAAGGACAAACGAUUCAAUUCACACUAACGAUUCUGUAAUCAGUCAAAAUGGUGUUUUACCAAGUCGAUGUCGAACUCCAUCCAGACAAUCAAAUGGUUCAAGACAUCAUUCAGCAGAAGUCACUUCAUCCCAUCAUCGGCCUUCGUCAUCUUCUAAAGCAAGUUCAAGACAUAGCAGGGCACAUAGUGUUGGUCCUACCAAUAGAAGAGAAAGGACGGUAGAAGCAGAUGAUACCCAUAACCAGUAUUACACAAACGAUGUCACAAGAGAUUCAUCUAAGCCAGUAUCAAGGCAAUCUUACCAUCGCAGUGAUAGUAUUGAUUCUGCUAAUGACAGAAGAAAAAUAACUUCGAAUGCUCUAAAUAAAUUACAAGAAUUGGAUUCGCAAAUUGAAGAAAUUGAAUCAAAAAAGAAGACAAGUGAACAAGAAUUGAAAUUAAUGGAAAAAACAAUGGAAGGUCAUAGAAUAAAUUUAUUAAAAUUAGAAGAGAAAUUGAGAGAAAAUCAAGCAAAAGCCGAUGAUGCAAGAACGGAACUGAUGGUUUUAGAAUUUAAGAAAGAUCAAUGUAGAAAGGAUUUGGAUGCAACAACAAAAGAAUUUAAUACAAUGCAAGAUAAAGUGAAAGAAACUGAAGAUUUGGGAAUGUCAUAUGAUGAUAUUGUUGCUCUCAUGCAAGAAAGAGAUGAUUUACGAGCUCGUUUUCGACGAGGUGAAGCGUCAAGAACUUCGAUCACAGAAAGACAAGAACUUGAACGUGCAUUACAUACUGCUAAAGAAGAUUUAUUCAGGGAAAGGAAAUUAACAAGAGAACGCGUAGAAGAACUGGAAGAGAAAAUGGAAGAUGUGAACCAUAAUUUUGAAAUAAUGGAAUCUGAAAAAAGUAAUGAAAUAUCCCGAUUGCAAUCUGUUAUUGAAGAAAUGAAGAAAACGGAGGCAGUCGAUAGAAAUUCACCUUAUAAGGCUGAUCGUGUAGACGCAAUUGAAGCAGAAAAAAGAAAUUUAUUUGAAAAAGUUGACGAAUUAAACAAAUUAUUGCAACAGAAAAAUAAUGAAAUUGUUUCAUUGGCAACCGAGACUAACAGGUCUCGAGAAGAAAAUCGAAAGUUACAAGAGAAAAUUCCCGAACUUGAAUCAAAAAUGUCCGAACAGAUUGAACUGCGAGAAAAACUUAUUUCUGAAACUGAGAGAAAUACAAAUGCAUUGAAAAAAGAUAAGGAACAUGCAAUUGCUGCCGGAAAACAGGAAAAAGAACAUGAAAUACAGAGAAUACUUGAAGAAUUGGAAAAAGAAAAAUCAAGAGCAGUUCUAGAAUAUAAGUCGGAACAUCAAGAAGAAAUUUGUAGACUAAGAUCUGUCUUGGAGAAUAAAGAUAAGGAAAUAGAACAAUUAAGAGGAAGAUUAAAUCAUGAAGAUGACGCCAAACGAGCAUUGGGAGAAAAAUUAAGAAUGGACGCCAAAGAACAGGUUCGAAGCGUUCUUGCUAAAGAACGGUUGUCAUGGGAGCAAGAAAAACAAAUAGCAGAUAAACGUGAAGAUGAUUUACGACGAGCAGAUUUCGAAAAAGAACGUACUCACUUAAAUUCUGAGGUCGAAGAGGCAAGAAACAAAUGUAAAAUUGCAACGGAGCAAAUUUCGAGACUUCGAACUGAAAUUGAAGAAUUAAGACUUGAAACGAGAAAAUUACUUCAAGAAAAAUUAGAUGCAGCAACACAAGCCAGAGAGCACGAACGGAGAGACCAAAAUAAGAAAAUGGAUCAGCUGAGAGCUGAACUUGAAGAAAUGAAUCAAACCGAGAUUGAAAAACAAAGAUCAAAAUAUAAUAAGUUGGAAGAAGAAAUGAGAAAAAUAAAACAUGAAAAAAAUGAUGCAUUGUUGAAGUGUAAAGAAGCAAAUUCAAAUUCUGAAAGGAAUGAGAGAUGUUUCACUGUGGAAGUUUAUGAUGAAUGUCAGAAAAUAGGUGAUUUGAUUCGAGGUAUUAGAACGCCGAGUCAAUCUCGUAACAGAAGUUCAUCACUUGCAUCAAGAUCCGGUUCUCAUCUAUCAAGAAGCAACCGACCAACAAAUGCUGAAGGUGCUGUUUCUCAGCUGAGAGCAUUGAGUGACGAUGUUCGAGCCACUUUACGAGACUUGACUACGGAAGUAGAAACACAUCGAAGAGCAGCACAAAUUGCACAACGAGAACGAGACAUGGCUGCAACGAACAGCGGACAAUCGAGAAACUCAACAUCAAGUUCAAAUCAUCUAUCACAACAGAUUGCGGAACUGAAUGGACAUAAUUCAGAAGAUAUAAGAGCUUUAUCGAAACAACUAUCGGAAAAAGACAACGAACUCCGAGAUAUACAACGUAACAUGUGCAUGUGGAAAGAUACAACAGCUCAAAAACUUGCUCAGAAAUUUGAAGAAGAAUUGGCUGUACAACUGGAAAGAAAACUUGGAAGACAUCGUCUGGAGCAUAAACGACAAAUUGAAAGAAUGGAAGAAGAUCUUGCUCGUUUGGCAUCUAGUCACGGUCACCUAGGAUCAAUGCACAGUGAGUAUGAUGCAUCAUCUUCACUUAUACCUCCAAUAUCAAGCACACCUGUUAAAGUUGCACCAGCUAACGGAGCAACAGGAGAUAAAGGCACUGUCAAAUUACUCAGGCAUUUGCAAGGAAGAGUGAAACAACUACGAGCAGAAAAUGAUUUAUUGCGAUCCAACAGCCAGAUUAUGGAUUACGAAGGAUUCAGAAAAUCAAGAUAAUGAAGAUGUGUUCAUGAUUAUGAUAUCAGCUGCUUUUUUACAGUCUAUAGCCUUUUCACUCACUGCAAACAUACAAAUUGUAAAAGAUGAUGGUGUGUCAGAUUUACUAAGUCAUGUUAGAAACUUUUACUAAGCAUGGUACAUUGAUAAACAAUGAUGAAAGGGCCAAACUACUUGCAAAUUUUUUUAAUGGAAGACUUCGUGCGAAGUUAUAUAUUUUAUUAUAAAUUGUAAAUACAACUAAGACCGAAUUUGUAUCUUGUUUCCAUUUUUUUGUCCCAAGUCUGUUUCAUUCCAUAUCAUUUUUUGUAUUAUUUUCGGUAUAUGUGUCACUACUUACAUCCUUCAUGUACUAUUUUCAUUCAAAUUUGCACUAUACCAUAUGUUCUCUUUUUGUUACCUGUAGCUGUGAUCAAUGCGUGUAGCACCAAGAAAAUUAUAAAUUGCACAAUGAUCGUUUUAUUCACACAUAUAUAUAUAUAUAUAUAUUUAGACCAUAGUUGUAAAUUUAUUAUGAAUAUCUUCAAGACAUACUCAGCUAUGCUCGAGUGAUGAAUUGUUUAUGUCUAUCGUAGCAAUUUAUGCUUUGCCAUAGCUUGCUUGUGCUUAUUUAUAUCAUUUAGUUCACUGUAUAUUCGUAUUAACCUGUGCCUCAUUUUAUCAUAGUACAUUAUAUAGUCUAGUUUCACACUGUAUUAAUUCACCCACUCUGUGCUAAUUUUGUAUAUUUUUAAUAUAAUUCAUGUUUUUGUAUACAAUUUGCACUAGAUUUCAUCAUUUUUCUAUUUAUAUUCUUCUGUCUUGUAUACAAAUACACAGUAAUCGAGUGGCCGGUUAUUGAAAAAAAAUAAUAGUAAUUCAGCAUAUUUCAUGCUUUGCAUAGGAGAAAUCAGAAAUGAGUUUUGAUGUCAGAGAUUUAUGUUUAUUUCACAUUUCAAUUCUGGAUUUUUUUUGAUUCUUCAUUUGUAUUUUAUUUUUAUAUAAUGUCCAUUAAAUAUCAUGAUC